AUGGAUGGAGCAUUGGCGAAGGCGGUGGUGGACAAGAAACCAGUCCCAGAGAUUGAUUUCACCUUGCACAUCAUGGAAGAUGGCUCACAGGUGAGCACUCAGGAGAGAGUCUGCAAAGAUGUUCAAGCCCCCGCCAUGCAAGUCCCUACCAACGAGCAAUUCUGGUCGCCUACCGAUCCAUCAAAACCCAAUCUAGCUUUUCUCAAACAACAUUUCUAUCGCGAAGGACGGUUGACAGAAGAGCAAGCACUAUGGAUCAUUGGCGAAGGGACCAAGAUACUCAAGGCUGAACCCAACUUGCUGGAGAUGGAUGCCCCAAUUACCGUCUGUGGCGACGUACAUGGCCAGUAUUUCGAUCUGAUGAAGUUGUUUGAGGUCGGAGGGGAUCCAUCCGAAACCCGCUACCUGUUUUUGGGCGACUACGUUGAUCGAGGGUACUUCAGCAUCGAGUGUGUACUCUAUUUGUGGGCGCUCAAGAUUUGGUAUCCCGACACACUAUGGCUGCUGCGCGGCAAUCAUGAAUGUCGACAUCUCACAGAUUACUUCACAUUCAAACUCGAGUGCAAACACAAAUACUCGGAGAAGAUCUACGAUGCCUGCAUGGACUCCUUCUGCGCCCUACCGCUGGCUGCAGUAAUGAACAAGCAGUUUCUGUGUAUACAUGGCGGUCUCAGCCCGGAGUUGCAUACCUUGGAUGAUAUUAAGAGGAUUGACCGCUUCCGAGAGCCUCCUACACACGGUCUCAUGUGCGACAUUCUGUGGGCUGAUCCUCUGGAGGAGUUUGGACAAGAAAAGACUGGAGAAUACUACAUUCACAAUCAUGUUCGAGGCUGCUCGUACUUCUUCUCCUACCCCGCCGCUUGCAAUUUCCUGGAAAAGAACAAUCUGCUCUCCAUCAUCCGAGCACAUGAAGCUCAAGAUGCUGGCUAUCGCAUGUACCGCAAGACCCGGACCACUGGCUUCCCGAGUGUGAUGACCAUUUUCAGUGCCCCCAACUAUCUAGACGUGUAUAACAAUAAGGCUGCGGUGCUCAAGUACGAGAACAACGUCAUGAACAUUCGACAGUUCAACUGCACUCCUCAUCCCUACUGGCUCCCCAAUUUCAUGGACGUCUUUACCUGGUCUUUGCCAUUCGUUGGCGAGAAGAUCACCGACAUGCUCAUAGCGAUCCUCAACACCUGUUCCAAGGAAGAACUCGAGGAAGACACCCCGGGCACAAGCGUCACGGCAGAAACGCCUCCACUCAGCGACGCCGAAUCCAUCGAAGCGAAACGUCGUGCCAUCAAAAACAAGAUUCUGGCUAUCGGUAGACUGUCCCGAGUUUUCCAGGUGCUGAGAGAAGAGUCGGAGCGCGUUACUGAACUGAAGACACAAUCCGGGGGCCGUCUGCCGGCCGGCACCUUGAUGCUCGGCGCUGAAGGCAUAAAACAGGCCAUUCACAAUUUUGAGGACGCCCGGAAGGUGGAUCUUCAAAAUGAACGCUUGCCCCCUUCACCCGAAGAGAUUGAAAAGCGAAGUGCAGAGGACAGGAGGAUUGCACUCGAGAGGGCGGCCACCGAAGCAGAGAAUGAUGCCCAAUUGCAAGGUGUAGCACGGCGGAUCAGUUUGUAA